GUAAUAUUUUAUCUUGCCUCUAAAGUGAUCUAUAAUGUGUUCUUUCACCCCCUGAGCCGGUUUCCGGGGCCAUUGGAACACAAAAUUUCACGACUGGCAUACGUCUACCGGUCUAUGCGGGGAACCCUUCCCUUUGAAAUGCUGGAAAUGCAUGAGCGAUAUGGCAACAUUGUUCGUAUUGCGCCAGAUGAACUGGCCUUCUCCCACCCCGAUGCCUGGCAAGAUAUCAUGGGCCACCAGAAAGGACAGUCCGAAUUCUCAAAGGCAAACUGGUUCUACCAUCCGAUCGAUCAACCGUCACAUGUAGUCAACGAAAGCAGAGAGCAACAUGGGCGUCUGCGCCGACAAAUGGCCCACGGGUUCUCUGAAAAGGCAAUGCGAGAGCAGGAGCUAAUGAUUCGUGGCUAUGUUGAUAUGUUGCUUGAUCGAUUACAUGAAUUUUGCAAGUCUGGUACUCCGGUGAUUCUUUCCGAUUGGUAUAACUAUACCACUUUCGAUAUUAUUGGAGACCUAGCAUUUGGUGAGCCAUUUGGUUGUCUACAGGGAUCGAACCUUGACGGAUGGAUCAAGGGUAUUUUCGACGCUGGUCGGCUAGGAAUUAUCUUACAAGCUCUCUCGUUCUAUCCACUCGUGAAGCGGACACUCUUAUCACUAGCUCCUGCGUCGGUGAAAAAGGCACAAGAUAAACAUAAGAAACUUACCGAACAGAAGAUGAUGCGUCGGAUGGAUAAGGAAGAGGGUCGACCCGACUUGAUUGAGGGGCUUCUGAGAAAGAGGGAGGAACUGAACCUGAGUAUUGAUGAACUCAUUGCAAAUGCUGAAAUUCUCAUCAUUGGUGGUUCCGAGACCACAGCUUCAUUAUUGAGUGGAGUCACCUACCUCCUCCUCACGAAUCUAACUGCCUAUAAGAAGUUGAAAGAGGAGGUGCGUACAGUGUUUGAAAGCCAGGAAGAGAUCAAUCUCAUCUCUGUCAACAAGUUGCCCUAUAUGCUGGCAUGCCUUGACGAGGCACUGCGCAUGUAUCCACCCAUUGCGAACGGUCUACCCCGUAUGUGUCCCGAGGGCGGUGCGAAGGUCUUGGGCGAAUAUAUUCCGGCGAACACUUAUGUUUCGGUUCAUCAAUGGGCACUCUAUCGGCGCGAAGACUAUUUCAAGGAUCCCAACACAUACCACCCAGAGAGAUUCCUAGGUGAUCCAUUAUUUGCAGAUGAUCGUCGAGAGGUAUUACAACCAUUUCAUAUUGGACCGAGAAAUUGCCUUGGAAGAAAUCUUGCAUAUAGCGAGAUGCGUCUGAUACUUGCCUUGAUUAUCUUUAACUUUGAUAUUGAGAUUGCCGACGAGGCUCGUGAUUGGAUCAAACAGAGGAACUUCCUGAUGUGGGAAAAGGGGCCCUUAAAGGUUCAUUUGACUCGAGUAUAA